AUGGACAGUGAUCAGCGCUUGACCGAGUUGCAGGACCUGCAGAUGCGGCCCGAAAAGGUACAAACCUAUACUAUAUCGGACGGAACACUAGUGGAAGAAAAGCACGAUGAGACUCAACCAAGCGCUGAGGGCACCAAUAACCAGAUUACCAGCAAGAACAUUGAGUAUCCGACGAAGGUCAAUCUCAUUUUCAUUACUCUGUCGCUUUGCUUGGUGGUAUUCUUGGUGGGACUGGAUCAGACAAUUGUGGCCACGGCCAUUCCCAAAAUAACGGAGCAGUUCAAGGCCCUUGACGAUGUUUCAUGGUAUGGUGCAUCAUACCUCUUAACAACGUCCGCCUUUCAGUUACUCUUUGGGAAAAUUUAUAAGGUUUUUUCUUUGAAGUGGACAUUUCUCAUUGCCGUAGGGCUUUUUGAAUUGGGCUCCCUCAUAUGCGGCGUUGCUCCCAACUCCACGGCACUAAUUAUCGGCCGUGCUAUCGCUGGUCUUGGCUGCGCCGGUUUGCUUUUCAUUGCAUUUUGCGUCAGCCAAUGUUGGAUGGGAGAGGAUGCCACUAUUCCGCCAAGGAUCUUCCUCCAGCGAAGCAUAUGGUCGGGCUCCAUCUAUUCAGCAAUGACCGGAGGAUCAUUUUUCCUGCUAGUGUUCUAUUUGCCUGUUUGGUUUCAAGGUGUCCAGGGCCAGAAUGCCGUUGAUAGCGGUAUUCAUAACUUGCCUCUGAUUUUAGGAGUCAUUAUCGCAUCGCUACUUGCCGGUGGCGCCGUGACGGCCCUGGGAUACUACACGCCGUUCAUGAUUUUGUCCACAAUUCUGAGCAGUGUUGGUGUUGGGUUGCUCACGACAUUUAAGGUCGACACGCCAUCAUCGCAGUGGAUCGGCUACCAGGCUUUAAUCGGAAUUGGCAGCGGGUUAGGGAGACAGCAAACUAUGGUAGCUGCCCAAACUGUACUUCCUCUGACCGAUGUCGCUAUUGGAAGCGCAGUCAUGGUAUUCUCGCAGUCCAUUGGCGGUUCAGUGUUUCUGAGCGCUGGCCAGAGCGUGUUCAAUCAUGCACUGGGACAAGGUGUUCGCAAGUUUGCUGCCGGGUUGGAUCCGACAAUAGUUACCAACACUGGUGCAACAGCUCUGAGGAACGUCAUCGAACCGAAAUUCCUACCCGGCGUCAUUCGCGCUUAUAACGAUGCUGUGGUACAGACGUUUUAUGUCAGCCUAGCAUGUGCAUGUGCAACAGUGGUGGGGUCUCUACUAAUAGAAUGGAAAAGCGUUAAGGAGAAGGCGGACAGGGAUGGAACUGUGUCAAAGGAUGUCACUACGGAGGGAAAUGGCGCAUGA